GCUGAGGAGGCCGGACAUUCGAGAGCGGUCGGUGCGCAGCUCGGGAGUCUUCAGCGCUCCGCUCAAGCUCUCCUGAGGCGGCCGUACAAUCCUCGGCAGUGUCCUGAGACUGUAUGGUCAUCUCAGCUGCCGCGCUCGCCUGACCCCAGAUUCCUUCUAAUUCCCUCUCUUCGAGCCACUCUUUUUUGCUUGUUGGUUGGUUGGUUGGUUUUGUUUUGCGAGAUCCCAGAAAAGUGACUCCUGUUCGGGGAUAAACGGAACUUCUGGCCCCUUGUCGCUGCUCUCUCCUUUGGCGUCUUACAACCUCCUCCUACUCCUUUCCCGGGCCCCGCCUCCUCCUGCAGGUUCCUCCCCGUCACCCCUCUCCUCCCUCCUCCUCCGCACCUAGCCAGCCGUCCGCAAACUUCCACCUGAUUGUGCGGGACUCUCGGACCUGCGAACACUUAAGACCUUUCACACCUGCCUGAGCGACCGAGAGCUGCCGAGGGCCACAGCGAAGACAGCGGCUGCAGCCCCCACGGGCUUAAGAAACCCAGGUGCUCCGGGUCUCGGAGGGCCACGGCGACAAUGACAGCUGACAAGGAGAAGAAAAGGAGCAGCUCAGAGCUGAGGAAGGAGAAAUCCCGAGAUGCCGCCAGGUGCCGGCGCAGCAAGGAGACCGAGGUCUUCUAUGAACUGGCUCAUGAGUUACCCCUGCCUCACAGUGUGAGCGCCCACCUGGACAAAGCCUCCAUCAUGCGGCUAGCUAUCAGUUUCCUGAGAACACACAAGCUCCUGUCCUCAGUCUGCUCUGAAAACGAAUCGGAAGCUGAGGCUGACCAGCAGAUGGACAACUUGUACCUGAAAGCCUUGGAGGGUUUCAUCGCUGUGGUGACCCAAGAUGGUGACAUGAUCUUUCUGUCGGAGAACAUCAGCAAGUUCAUGGGACUUACCCAGGUGGAGCUCACAGGACACAGUAUCUUUGAUUUCACUCACCCUUGUGACCACGAGGAAAUCCGCGAGAACCUGGCUCUCAAAAAUGGCUCUGGUUUUGGGAAGAAGAAUAAAGAUAUGUCCACUGAGCGAGACUUCUUCAUGAGGAUGAAGUGCACAGUCACCAACAGAGGUCGGACCGUCAACCUCAAGUCGGCCACCUGGAAGGUCUUGCACUGCACUGGGCAAGUGAGGGUCUACAACAACUGCCCCCCUCACAGUAGCCUCUGUGGCUACAAGGAGCCCCUGAUGUCCUGCCUCAUCGUCAUGUGCGAGCCGAUCCAGCACCCCUCCCACAUGGACAUCCCCUUGGACAGCAAGACUUUCCUGAGCCGCCACAGCAUGGACAUGAAGUUCACCUACUGUGAUGACAGAAUCAUGGAGCUGAUUGGUUACCACCCUGAGGAGCUACUGGGCCGCUCUGCCUACGAGUUCUACCAUGCCCUGGACUCGGAGAACAUGACCAAAAGUCACCAGAACUUGUGCACCAAGGGGCAGGUGGUGUCUGGCCAGUACCGGAUGCUAGCCAAACACGGAGGAUACGUGUGGCUGGAGACCCAGGGAACGGUCAUCUACAAUCCCCGCAACCUGCAGCCCCAGUGUAUCAUGUGUGUCAACUAUGUCCUCAGUGAGAUCCAGAAGAACGAUGUGGUCUUCUCCAUGGACCAGACUGAAUCCCUGUUCAAGCCGCACCUGAUGGCUGCGAACAGCAUCUUUGACAGCAGCGGUGACGUGGCCGUGUCUGAGAAGAGUAACUACCUGUUCACCAAACUGAAGGAGGAGCCUGAGGAGCUGGCCCAGCUGGCCCCCACCCCAGGGGAUGCCAUUAUUUCUCUGGAUUUUGGAAGCCAGAACUUUGAUGAGUCCGCAGCCUAUGGCAAAGCUGUCCUACCCCCAGGCCAGCCAUGGGCGGCAGAAAUGAGGGACCACAGUGCCCAGAGUGAGUCUGGGAGCCUGCCCGCCUUUACUGUGCCCCAGGCAGGCACCCCAGGCAACACCACGCCCAGCGCCACCAGCAGCAGCAGCUGCUCCACGCCCAGCAGCCCUGAAGACUAUUACUCAUCCCUGGAGGAUCACCUGAAGAUUGAAGUGAUCGAGAAGCUCUUUGCCAUGGAUACGGAGGCAAAGGACCAGUGCGGCACCCAGACGGACUUCAAUGAACUGGACUUGGAGACCCUGGCACCCUACAUCCCCAUGGAUGGGGAAGACUUCCAGCUAAGUCCUAUCUGCCCAGAGGAGCCACACAUGCCAGAGAGCCCCCAGGCCAACGCCCAGCACUGCUUUAGCACCAUGACCAGCAUCUUCCAGCCGCUAGCUGUGGGGGCCACCCACAGCCCCUUCUUCCUGAAUAAGUACCCGCCUCAGCAGCUGGAGAGCAGGAGGGUGGGGCCUGAGCACCGGCCCGUGUCUUCCGUCUUCUUUGAUGCUGGGGGCAAAGGGUCUCUGCCGCCAUGCUGUGGCCAGGCCAGCACCCCUCUCUCUUCUAUGGGGGGCAGAUCCAACACUCAGUGGCCUCCAGACCCACCAUUGCAUUUUGGGCCCACAAAGUGGCCUGCCGGUGACCAGGACACCGAGCCCUUGGGGUCUCUGCCGUUGGGGCCAUCGCAGUUGGAGCCUCCCAACAUCUCACCUCAUGUCUCCAUGUUCAAGAUGAGGUCUGCAAAAGACUUCGGGGCUCGUGGCCCAUACGUGAUGAGCCCAGCCGUGCUCGCGCUUUCCAACAAGCUGAAGCUCAAGCGCCAGCUGGAAUAUGAGGAGCAAGCCUUCCAAGACACAAGCGGGGGGGACCCUCCAGGCACCAGCAGCAGUUCACAUUUGAUGUGGAAACGUAUGAAGAGCCUUAUGGGAGGGACCCGUCCUUUGAUGCCUGACAAGACCAUCAGUGCGAACUUGGCCCCGGAUGAAUUUGCUCAAAACUCCAUGAGAGGCCUGGGCCAGCCACUGAGAUAUCUGCCAUCCCCGCAGCCGCCAUCUGCCGUGAGCCCAGGGGAGAGCACCAAGGGUGGGUACCCCCUACAAUGCUACGCCUCCCAGUUCCAGGACUACAGUCCUCCAGGAGCUCAAAAGGUGUCAGGCAUGGCAAGUCGCCUGCUGGGGCCAUCAUUUGAGCCUUACCUGUUGCCAGAACUGACCAGAUAUGACUGUGAGGUGAACGUCCCUGUGCCUGGAAGCUCCACACUCCUGCAGGGGAGGGACCUCCUCAGAGCUCUGGACCAGGCCACCUGAGCCAGGGCCUUUGGCCGGGCGUGUCCCUGCCCUGCCAUCAUGUCCUGCCAGCUUCACCUUCCAUCUGUGUUGCAACUAGGUAUCUCUAACACCAGCACACUUCUUCCGAGAUGUACUCGCCUGGCCUGUGUGGCCGGGUCACCAAGCAGUGGCCUUUAUCUGACAUGCUCACUUUAUUAUCCAUGUUUUAAAAAUACAUAGUUGUUUUAUCUGCUGUGUUUUUACUGUCAAUGAAAAUGUUCUGAAAUUUUAUAAGAUUUCUCCCACCCUCCCUUGAAUUACUUCUAAUUUAUAAU